CCACUUUUAUACUGCUGUUGAAUUACCACCAUACUACUUUUGGUUUGUUGUUAGAUGUUUUUCAUCACAACAGAAAAAAGAACACAUUUUUUCUGAGGAGAUUGUUGAAAGCAGUUGAGAGUAAAGUUUGAAGAAAGGGAUUAGUGCACACAUGACAAUAUGGUAAGACAGAUUUGACAUUUGGUUUAAAAUUUGAAAGUUCCAACUAGUAAAACAGUGAAAAAUUUGUUACCCACCUUGUUAGAUAUUGAGCAUUGAAUCAAGUGUUUGUCUGAGUAGCUACUCUAGAAUAGUCUUGCGUGCUACCAGGUUACAAUCAUGUCUGCGGUUCAUCCUCCAACUAUUCACCCAACGGUUCUCUGGGCUCAAAAAAAGGAUAACCUCUUCAUCACUUUCAGUGUCAGCGAUGUAGCAGACAAGAAUGUCAAAGUAAAGGACAACGCACUGGAGUUUAGUGCUACAGCAGGUAAAAACAAGACUAAUUAUGAAGCUAAACUUGACUUAUAUGGACAAGUCUGUACAGAGGAACCGAAAAUCACUGUUUCUGGCCGGGAAGUUCUUGUAUGUAUUAAAAAGAAAGAUGCUGAAACAUGGCCACGUUUACUUUCACAAAAAACGAAAUGUCCGUGGUUGAGAACUGAUUUCUCUCGCUGGAAGGAUGAAGAAGACUCCGAACCUGAUAUGGAUGGAAAUAACUUCUCGAAUAUGCUUUCUCAGAUGUCCAAUUUCGGUGAUUACGGUGGUGACGACGGUAUUGAUGGUGAUUUAGAUUCUGAUGAUGAAGACCUCCCCGAUCUUGAAAUGCCGAAUGCAGAUGCCAACAAGCCUGAAGUGAAUGGAACCGAAGAAGCGGAGGAAGAAAAACCCGAAGAGAAGGCCUAAUCAGUUAAUUUAUAAGAAUACUAUUCACGCGGCGGCUGUUCAUCUGUGAGCCGUCUGUAUAUGAGCAUUUUUACAUUUUGACCAUUAACUAUGUCCUUAUUACAAGCUUCUACAAAAUAAUUUUGUUGUUUGCUAGAGUUUUAUGUUCAUGACAAUCUAAUCGUGUAUAUUGCUACGUGAAGAUUCCAGUUUUUAGAUCUUCCUACUGAU